AUGACAACAUCGGCAACGCCACAACCAGAUUCCAAACCACCAAAAAAGACCCCAUCGGGUCCUUCUUCCACCUCAUCCUCUAGUUCCUCUUACUCACGUCAACGACGUUCACAACACGCAUCUUCGCAUUUAGAUGAAGAAACAAAGAAACUUAAAUCAAAAUAUGCGGAACCACUGCUGCUACUUCAAGAGUUAUUCCCGGAUUGGAAGGAAGAAGAUUUGCUUUCAGUUUUGGCUGAAACAGAUGGAAAUGCUGAAACUGCAUCUCUACGAAUUGCUGAAGGUCAUGCCACUCAAUGGGGCGAAGUUAAAAAGAAAUCUAAGGACAGAUCUAAGAAGCAGGAGUUUUCUGAGUCGACUUCUUCCUCAGCUAUUGCUCCAGAGAAGCACAGUAGUUCUUCUAGCCAGCGCUCAUCCCUUUCUAAGCAUGUUCCUCGUGGUCCAAAGUCUGAGAGAUCGGUUUCCUCAACUGCAUCUGCUCCUCGCUCUGCCAGAGGCCCACGGAAACAACCUCACACUAAUGGCCACUCCCAAUCUACUGAAAAUACCACAGUCCGCAAUACCUCUGACCAUUCAGCACACACACCUACCCAGGCCCCGGCUCAAGCCCCGGCCCCUACUACUUCAACCACGUCCUCGACUACAUCUUCGGCCACUCCUGCUCCAUCUCUAACUUGGGCCGCUUUGGCGGCGAGUAAGCCUAAACCUGUGCCUGCUGCCGCUGCUGCCCCAGCUACUGCUACUGCUGCCACCGCUGCUGCCCCAGCUACAACAACACACUCUCACAUUGAAUCCGACUCUGCCACAAUUACUGUUAAAGUCCCCACCUCAUCAACUCCUCCUCAAGAAUCUUCUCAAGAAUCUACUGAAUCUGUUUCUGUUCCUACCGGUCCUUCCUCGUCUACUGCUGCUUCUACUCAAAAUUCUACUGCUUCGGCCGCUCCUCCAGCUGCUGCUGCUGCCGCUGCUGCUGCUCCGGCACCGGUACCGGCUCCAGCUGCUCCGCCCAAGCUCAGUUGGGCCGCUAUUGCUGCUCCCCCCCCUCCCCCUCCUAAAGUCACCAAACCUGCUGCUCCUGUUGCUCCUGCCGCUACUCCUGCUCCUUCCACUGCUCCUACCGAACCCGCUGCUGCUACACCUGCUGUAGAGACUGCUGCUCUUGCCUCUGCUACUGCUUCUGCCGCUGCUACUACUGAUGAUGCUCCCACUGAGGAGACUAUUGCUGUUGAAGAAGCUGCUGCCCCCGUCGAGGCUGCUGCUCCUGAACCUGAAACUGCUACUGUUGAGGAAACUGUGGCUGAAUCUGAACCUGUCACUUCUGAGUCAAGUGAUGCUACACCCCCUGGUCUUGAAAAGGCUGCUGAACCCGAGAUUGUUGCUGCUACUCCUGUUGCUCCUGCUUCUUCUGUCCCAGCCCCUUCUACUGCUGAAUCCAUUCCUGCUGAAUCUGCCGAACCCUCUUCCGCAACUGUUUCUGCUCCUCUCUCUUCUACUCCUACUGCUCCUGCAUCUGAGUCCCAGAGACCCAUUUCUAUUCCCUCCCAACCUGCUUCCGAAGCCCAGAGAUCUAUCAAUUCUCUUCCUUCUCAACCUGCUGCUACCGCUGCCGCUGCUGCUGCUGCUGCCGCUGGUCACCCUGGUUACUCUCGUCGUCUUAACCAAGAUGCUCCUGUUGUUCUUCCCAACUCUAUUGGUAGCCGUUCUAUCAGCCGCCUUGGCUCUCAGUAUGGUUCUCUUAAUCUUGCUGAAGACGAGUCUAGUCAGGACAAGUCUACCGAGAUUUCUGCUCCUACUCAGCCUCGCUCCGCUGUUGCCGAUCAGCAACACCAGUCUCAGAAUGUCUACCAGGUCCAGCAUCAGCAAUCUCAGUCUCAAUCUUAUGGUAACUACAACAGAUUUAACCAAAGAACCAACAAUUACCAAACCCAACCUCAGCAACAGCAACAGCCCCAGCAACAGCAACAACAACAAGCUCAACAACAAGCUCAACAGCAACCCCAGCAAGCUCAGCAACAACAACAACAAGCUCAACAGCAACAAGGCCAGCAAUUGCCCAAGCCUUAUGACAACUAUGGUCAGAACCAGUUUAUGUAUCCUGGUGCUCACCCCAACUUCAAUGCCUCUUACUAUGCUGAUUAUGGCUACGGUGCCAAUGAUGCUAGCCGCAAUGCCUUUUCUGGCUACUACGGCUACCCCCAACAUGUUCAAGAUGCUUUGAACAGAGGUAUUGGUGGCUUUGAUCAAUCCGGCAUCCCCCAGCAAUCCAACAGAUAUGGUGCUGAAAAGCCUCCUGUGACUGCUGGUUCAACUAAUGCUGCUGGCCAGUCUCCUGCUACUAGUGCUGCUUCUCCUGGCAUCACUUCUGCUUCUUCUGGCCCCACUGCUGGCCAGUACGGUCAGGUUCCUUACUACAUGAACCCCUACCACUACUAUUACCCCUUUAACCCUCAAGCCGCUCAAGCUGCUCAAUUCAGCUCCCAGAAUGCUUUCUACAAGCAGCCCUACUACACUGGUAUGGAUUACCGCCAACACCAGCCUCAGCAACAGACUCCUCAGCAGGCUUCGCAGCAGACUUCCCAACAGCAGCAGGGUGGUCAGCAGCAAGCUGCUCAGCAAGGUCAACAGCAAGCUGGUGCUGCUGCCGGACAAAACACUUUGAGUGGUAUUUCCGACUUUUUGAACCGUGAGGACAAGGGUGCUCCUGGUUCCCCCCAGACUCUUGUUGGUAAUGCUCAGAUUUCUGGCGGCCCUGUUCAAAUGCACCAGACUCAAGCUCAACCCCAGAACCAGUACCAGCCCAACAUGUACAGCUAUGCUGGCUAUGGGCAGCAACAGUACACUGCCAACCGCCAGUGGAACAACUAUAACUAA